AUGGAAGAGCCACAAGACUUACCUGAACAACCAGUGAAAAAAGCCAAGAUGCAGGAAUCCAGAGAACAAAGCUUGAGUCAUGUGAGCAACGCAGAAGUCAGUGAUCAGAAACCUGAAUCUUCAAGCCUUGGUGCAAACCUUCCCAUGUCCAGUGAGAUUAUGACAUGCACUGAUUAUAUCCCAAGGUCGUCAAAUGAUUAUACCUCACAAAUGUAUUCUGCAAAGCCAUAUGCACAUAUCCUGUCUGUACCUGUGUCGGAAACAAUGAGCCCUUACCCUGGUCAGACUCAGUACCAAGCGCUACAGCAGUCUCAGCCCUACACCAUCUACCCCCAGACCACCCAAACCUAUGGACUACCUCCUUUUGGUGCACUGUGGCCAGGUAUGAAACCUGAAAGUGGUUUAAUUCAGACUCCAUCUACAAGUCAGCACAGUGUUCUUACCUGCACUACAGGGUUAACCACAAGCCAGCCCAGCCCAGCACAUUAUUCUUAUUCCAUUGAAGCAUCAACUACCAAUGCCAGUCCAGUCUCUACAUCCUCAACUGUUGUCAAUAUUUCCACAUCAUCAGUAGCCAGCAUCUCACAGGAAUACCCUACAUACACCAUCCUUGGCCAAAGCCAGUACCAGACGUGUUACCCAAGUCCUGGCUUUGGAGUCAUCACCCCAGCAGAAAGCAACACAGAGACUUCUGCCUUAGCACCAACCACGUAUCCAGCUGAAAAGCCAAACCCUGUGGUGCCUGACCGGCCAGUGCCCAGACAUUCCUCAGGAGAUGCAUCCACAAGUCCUUCAUUAUCAAGAGCAACAGCAAGUAAAGAGUUAGAUGAGCAGGCAAGAAAAAAUGUCCCUGGGAAGAACAGGGGGAAGAGGAAAGCAGAUAACUCCUCCUCACAGGACAGUGAACUGGAGCGAGUGUUUCUCUGGGACCUGGAUGAGACCAUCAUAAUCUUCCAUUCACUCCUCACAGGGUCUUAUGCUCAAAAAUAUGGCAAGGAUCCAACUCUCGUGAUUGGCUCGGGUCUGUCAAUGGAAGAGAUGAUUUUUGAAGUAGCUGAUACCCACUUAUUUUUCAAUGACUUGGAGGAGUGUGACCAAGUACAUAUAGAAGAUGUGGCAUCUGAUGACAAUGGCCAAGAUUUAAGCAACUACAAUUUCUUCACGGAUGGCUUCAGUGGCUCGGGCAGUAACACAAACCACAGCUCCUCAGUUGGUGUCCAGGGUGGAGUGGACUGGAUGAGGAAACUGGCCUUUCGAUACCGCCGGGUACGAGAGACCUACGACAAAUACAAAACCAACGUUGGAGGCCUUCUUAGCCCACAGAAGAGGGAAGAGCUGCAGCGACUAAGGACUGACAUAGAAGUGCUGACAGAUUCCUGGCUGGAAACUGCAUUGAAGUCCCUGCUACUCAUACAGUCCAGAAAAAACUGUGUGAACAUCCUGAUCACAACCACUCAACUGGUGCCAGCUCUUGCCAAAGUUCUCCUGUAUGGACUGGGGGAGGUGUUUCCCAUUGAAAAUAUUUAUAGUGCUACAAAAAUAGGUAAAGAGAGCUGCUUUGAGAGGAUUGUGGCACGGUUCGGAAAGAAAGUCACUUACGUGGUGAUUGGAGAUGGGCGUGAUGAAGAGGUUGCAGCUAAGCAGCACAACAUGCCUUUCUGGAGGAUCACAAAUCAUGCAGACCUCGUGUCCCUUCACCAAGCUCUCGAGUUAGACUUCCUGUAA